AUGGCUACACCAGACUUUAUUCAUCUGGAACACCGAAGUUAUAACACGGUUCAAUCCUGUGGUCUUGUUGCUAAGACCGACGAGGGAUAUCAAAGAGCAGUAGUCGAACAAGCUCGCAAUCUCAGGGCAUUUCUAGAGCCCUUGCAGCACCCACAGCCCUUGCAACACCUUCAGGCCUCUACGUCCUCCCAACUCUCGCAGCCCUUGGAUUCCUCUUGGGCCUCUGAAGGAUUUGUUGCGACACAAAUGGAAGACAACAAGGCCAUCGCACGAGACAUCAUCAACUGGCUCUGUCGUGAUGAUGUUAUUUUCCAACACAUCAAAAGUCUAGGCGAUCCUACCAAGCUCCGGAGCGUGAAGGGUGUUCUGCAGAGGUUUAAAGAAAAGGGGUAUUUGAAUGAUCAAGGUUGGACAGAUAAAAUAGAUUGUCCUGACUUGAAAGCACCUCACUUUAAUCGCCAACAAGGUGUCGAAGAGGCGCUUUUGCUAGCAGGCGAUUCAAAGAUUAAGCGGAUUUGGAGUUCGGAAUAUUGUCAGAAACCUCUUCCUGGGUCUGCUGAAGAAUGCAAACCGGAUAUCAUACUACUGCCCAGCGACCCUCUUGUUCAGGACUGGCGUUGUGUCUUCACACUAGCUGAGAUGAAGCAGCAUGGUGUUGACGUGGAUAAACCGGAGUGGUUUGAUGAGAUGGCAAAGCGAGCUAACACGAUCUGGGGUUGUCAGGAUGCUCGCAACUUUGUCAUCAUCUUGAUGUUCGUGGGCGAAGCGUUUACGUUUGCAUUUUUCGAUCGCGGAGGCGCUGUUUGCCUUGAUAUGCUAAACAUCAUGGACGAUACGGAGGAAUUCCUUCGGCUUGUUUUAUACUUAUCGCUGGCUGAUCCUGGUAUGGUGGGUCUGGAGACAUCCAUCAUGCAGAAUGAAGCUGGGCGAUUUAUACGAUCAAGAGUUUUCGGUCCCAAGGUGCCAAUCAAUAUGGUACUGUUCAUCAGCAAUAAUAUUCACAGAUGUGGGACCGUGGCCCAUCACAUCAUGCUGUCACGUGAGUGCAUUGCGCAGGCAUUGCAAUCAGGUGGGUCUUGGGGCGCCAUGGAGAAAUGGCUCAAGGGAAUGGAGAAGGAGGUGGAUGUGGUGGUGAAAGAUACCUGGGGUGUUACACGUUUGCUCUUUGAGGGACUUGUUGUUGGCCCUGCUUCACCACCUCCACUCUUUCAACUUCACGAUCGUCCGGGCAUCGGUUCACUGAAGGAUAUCGGCGCCAUAUCUCAGACUGGCGACAUCAAUGUCUGGAGCAGCACUGUCUACAACCAGUCUUUUUGGGGUGUUCCAACACUGGCCUUGGCACACAAGAGCAUGGCUAGGAGUGUCAACAAAUAUGAUCGCAGCCAUCCUGUGCCUAAAGGCGUCACCAUACCAAAGCUGGAACCUGUGACUCGUGAAGUUUACCAGGAGUGGAUGCUCACCCGAUCUUGGUUAUAUCCGUUUUGCACACCCAUAUACGAAUUCAGCUGUGUCUAUGAGGCAUUAGUUGCGAUUGCGGAUUGCAUCCGAUCACAUGGCAAGGCAUUUUCGCCCUACAUCAUCUCAGAGGGUGGCAAUGAGACCAACGAAUUAUUUCCCAUCUCCUUUAUGCAAGCUGACACAUCCAUGUGGAACAUGGGACUUGUUCGUCCAGCAAUGUCAGACUGGGGUUACAUUGAUCAUACCGGAAUUGAUCCAAGCAAUAUUUGA